ACCAACUUUAGGUCGAUCAAAAUGCUUCACGUCCGCUGCAGCACGAGGGUCUUGUCAUGUAGUCCCGUGCGUUACUAUGACCUCUCCUUACUUCAUGCACAGCAGGUCUGUUAUUACGCGGAGCGGUGAGCAAAAUGCCGCGAGCUCUCUCCGGUCCAAACUUACCGACAGACGGAGUAAUGUGGACCCAGUCUGCUCUGUGGCUGUGAAGGUGAAGGUGGAGGAAGAGGAGGAGGAGGCGAGGAUCGUUGCGCAAAGACCCUCCUCGGCCCCCUUAUCAACGGGGGGCUGCCAACCAAAAACAGGAACUUUACCACUGUCUUCACACAGCCGCAGGAAGAGACAGGUAAAAGUGGAAUACGAGAAGGAUGAAGGUGUUACACCUGUGAAGACUGAACACUGGGAACCUCCCGACUGGAAGAAACAAUUGGGAUACAUUCGUGAGAUGAGGAGCGGCCGUGAUGCACCUGUAGACAACAUGGGAGCAGAGAAAUGCUACGACCCAGAGGCUCCUGCACAUGUGAGACGUUUCCAGGUGUUGGUUUCCCUCAUGCUGUCCAGUCAGACCAAGGACCAGGUGACGGCAGCAGCCAUGCAGAAGCUCCGCGCUCACGGCUGCACCGUAGAACAUAUACUCACCACUGAUGAUGAAGCGCUGGGGAAACUCAUCUACCCUGUCGGCUUCUGGAGGACUAAGGUGAGGUAUCUGAAGCUGACAUCGGCCAUGCUGCAGAAAGAGUUCGCAGGGGACAUCCCAGACAGCGUGGAGGGGCUGGUCCGCCUGCCAGGAGUUGGACCCAAGAUGGCUCACUUGGCUAUGGACAUCGCCUGGGACCAGGUGUCGGGCAUCGGCGUGGACACACAUGUGCAUCGUAUCUCCAAUCGUCUGGGCUGGCUCAAGAAACCCUCCAGGAACCCAGAGGAAACACGCAAGGCCCUGGAGGAGUGGCUGCCCAGGGAGCUGUGGAGUGAGAUCAACUGGCUGCUCGUGGGUUUUGGUCAGCAGGUUUGUCUCCCCGUCAGCCCGCUCUGCUCUGUGUGUCUGAACCAGUACAGCUGUCCAUCCGCCCACAAGAUCUCUCCUACGAAGAGACCUAAAGCCGGAUCCCCGCGGUCUCCAAAGCCAACCUCCUCCUUCACAGCAAAAACUGAACCUGAACAAGAAUCCACUGUUAAACGUGAGAGGACAAAGAAGGAGCCACUGCCCACACCUGUUUCCCCCACAGCACAGAGAAGGAGGCUAAAAAAAUAGGGUUAACCAUUGAUGUAGUUCUCCCAUAAGUUUUGGUCUGACUCAAGACUGAAUGUAUAUAUGUACAAUAAAAGUUCAAUGUAUUCGCACACACUGAAAACUUGCAUCUAAGCAAAACAUCACUGUGAAUUAAGGUUCAGAAUAUACAUGUUUAGUAUUGUAUUUUGAGGUUUUCUUACACUAUAACUUCACUGUUUACACUUUAUGAGAUAACAUAUUUUUCUACUGCUGGUGUUUCAUUUUUUAUUACCAAAUAAAACAAUAUAUGUACUGAGGUCGUGUUUAAAGUUUGUCCUUUAUUCCAGCAGAGCGAGUUUACCUGGUGCAACAACCGUAAACUCAUUUAUGGCAUUUUAAUAUAUCAGAAUGGGAAAGAACCCAAGUGACGCAGUGAAGAACUAAAGUGAUUAGUAGUUUAACCACAGACUAUUCAUAAAGAACAUGAUUGAAUUUGUGCAGCCAGCCUUCUUGGUUCCUGCUUAAAAUGUAAAACAUGAACUAAAAGUAAUUAGAACAUUCAUACAAACCCUUCAUACAACCCUAAGAACAUCAAUUAUCACAGAGACUUUAAGUACUACACAGUGCCAGUACUUAUUUGGGGAUACUUGCUUACAGUAAUAGGCCUACAGCAGGAAAACCACAGGUGUAAUUAACAAUAACAUUUGCAUCUUGUUAGGUCAUUGCGGCUGACUGGCUGUUUGUGUUUGUCUCGCUACAAGCCAAACUAACUGAUGUGGAAAAGAGCAGACAUUAAAACACAAGACAGAGGCCACUGUAAAUAAAUGUGUUUAAGGAUUUUUCCCACAGGUAACAUGAAGUGCAAAAAAAAAAACCAGCUGUAUCCAGUGGUAGAAAGUAAUUAAGUGUAUUUACUCUCUAUUUACUUCUAUCUCUUCACUAUUUAAGAGCUAUAGUUACUAAUACUUGUCUAUGCUUUUAAUUAAGGACAUGUUUGACAACCCUUGACUUUUACUUAGUUUUACUUAGGCUACUGAGUAUUUUUAUACUGCGGUACUUUUACUGAAGUACAUGAUUUCAGCUAAAUUGCAGUCCUCACUAACAUUUGCCUCGUGGGUGUCUCAUCUCAGAUCUAAAUGUCAACAACACACACCCUCAAACUUGGCAUUCCUGAAUUAUUUAGACUUAUUUUUUUAAUGGAUAAAUGCAAAUAAUCCUGAGCUCAUAUUUCAUGAACCGUUAAAUCCCCUUUUACGCAACCGUCCUUUCAUUGAUC